UUGUCUAAAUUUAUUCUCUGCCGGCGAACAACUGCUCCUCCUCGCUAACGGACCCCUGGAACUUUUGCCCUCCUGGUCCUGGACUCUUUUUUUUUUUUUUGCUCCUGUGGAUCGCCAUCGGAAUAGAUCGGCCGCUCCAGCAGUCUCCGAUGCGAGCGGGGAGGAAGUGAGAAGAGAGAGCAGGAAGCGGGAGGUAGGAGGGGUGCCUGGCGAGGACGAAUCGGGGACGCUGAUGCGCAGGCGGGACUGAGCGUCGGGCUGUGCCUGUCGGGAUACGGCGAAAGCAGGGGAAAGUUAAACUUUUUUGGGGCGGAAAGCGAACGGUGCGCAGGAAACAUGGAGGCCGGCGGCGAAGCGCCCAUGUCGUCCUUCAUCAUGGACGAGGAGACGCUGAAGAGGAAGCAGAGGGAGAAGCUGAAGAAGCUGCAGGCCACGGGGGGAAACCCCAGACCUGCCCGCUCCCUCUUCUUCCUCACGCUGAAGAACCCCUUCAGGAAAGCCUGCAUCAGCAUCGUGGAGUGGAAGCCUUUUGAGAUUAUCAUCCUGCUGACCAUCUUCGCCAACUGUGUUGCGCUUGCCGUGUUCCUGCCCAUGCCAGAAGAAGACACGAACAACACAAACACCAACCUGGAAAGUUUGGAGUACAUCUUUCUGAUCAUCUUCACCAUGGAGUGCUUUCUGAAAAUAGUGGCUUAUGGGUUCCUGUUCCACGCAGACGCGUACCUGAGAAACUGCUGGAACAUCCUGGACUUUGUCAUCGUGUUCAUGGGGCUCUUCACCAUAGCACUGGACACGAUCAACCACAUCAGCGGGGUGGAGGCUCCAGUGGGGGAAAAGGGGGGCGGGUUCGACAUGAAGGCCCUGAGAGCGUUCAGAGUCCUGCGGCCGCUGCGUCUUGUCUCGGGGGUCCCCAGCCUGCAGGUGGUGAUGAACUCCAUCCUAAAGGCAAUGCUGCCACUGUUUCACAUCGCCCUGCUCGUGUUCUUCAUGGUUACCAUCUACGCCAUAGUAGGGCUGGAGCUCUUCAAAUGCAAGAUGCACAAGACCUGCUACUACACCGGCACAAACAUCAUCGCCACGGUGGAGAACGAGAAGGCCUCACCCUGUGCCCAAGCGGGCAAUGGCCGCCGGUGCACCAUCAACGGCACCGAGUGCAAGGCCAGCUGGCCAGGCCCCAACUACGGCAUCACCCACUUCGACAACCUGGGAUUCGCCAUGCUCACCGUCUACCAGUGCAUCACCAUGGAGGGCUGGACCGACGUGCUCUACUGGGUGAAUGAUGCCAUUGGUAAUGAGUGGCCCUGGAUGUACUUUGUGACCCUCAUCCUUCUGGGGUCCUUCUUCGUGCUCAACCUGGUGCUUGGUGUGCUCAGCGGAGAGUUCACCAAAGAGCGAGAGAAGGCCAAGUCACGCGGAGAGUUCCAGAAACUGCGUGAGCGGCAGCAGCUGGACGAGGACCUCAAAGGCUACAUGGAGUGGAUCACUCAAGCGGAGGUCAUGGACAUUGACCAGGACGGCCAAGGUCUCCUACCUCUCGAGGAGGGAGGGUCAGACACAGAGAGCAUGUACAACAUGGAGGGCAUGGGUCGUGUCCUCUACUAUUUCCGUCGGUGGCGUCGCUGGAACCGUUUUUUUCGCCGGAAGUGCCGCACGUGGGUGAAGUCCAAGUUAUUCUACUGGCUGGUGAUCCUGCUGGUUUUCUUCAAUACUCUGGCCAUCGCCACGGAGCACCACCACCAGUCUGAAUCCCUCACUAAUCUACAAGACAACACCAACAAGGUGCUGCUGUCGAUGUUCGCGGCCGAAAUGUUCGUGAAGAUGUAUGCCCUGGGCUUGCCCUCAUACUUCAUGUCCCUGUUCAAUCGCUUUGACUGCUUCGUGGUGAGCAUGGGCAUCCUGGAGCUCAUCCUCGUGCACAUGGACGUCAUGACGACCAUGGGCAUAUCCAUCCUGAGGUGUAUCCGCCUCCUGCGCCUUUUCAAGGUCACAAAAUACUGGACGUCCCUCAGCAACCUGGUGGCCUCGCUGCUCAACUCCGUGCGCUCCAUUGCCUCCCUGCUCCUCCUUCUCUUCCUCUUCAUCGUCAUCUUCUCUCUGCUGGGCAUGCAGGUGUUUGGGGGCAAGUACAACUUUGCCGACCAGGAGGUCGCGACGACACUUCCAGACUAUGAUGCAGUGCGUCUCCUUUGUUGUGCCCAGAUACUGACAGGAGAAGACUGGAACUCUGUGAUGUACAAUGGAAUCAUGGCAUAUGGGGGACCGGUCAUGCCAGGGAUCCUGGUCAGCAUAUACUUCAUCAUCCUCUUCGUCUGCGGUAACUACAUCCUCCUGAACGUCUUCUUGGCCAUCGCUGUUGACAACCUGGCAGAGGCAGAGAGUCUGACCUCAGCGCAGAAGGAAAAGGCUGAGGAGAAGAAGAGAAAGAAGCUGCUCAGAGCAAACCUCCCUGAGAAGGCUGAUGAGGACAAGGCCAUGUUGACUAAGAAACUGGCAGAGCAAAGGGCCAAGACUGAGGGCAUCCCCACCACAGCCAAGCUUAAAGUGGAUGAGUUUGAAUCGAAUGUCAACGAAAUCAAAGACCCAUUCCCCCCAGCCGAUUUUCCAGGUGACGAUGAGGAGGAGGAUCCCGAGAUUCCACAGAGCCCCAGGCCCCGUCCAAUGGCAGACCUGCAGCUGAAGGAGAAGGCUGUGCCCAUGCCAGAGGCCAGCUCCUUCUUCAUCUUUGGACCACAGAACAAGUUUCGAAAGCUAUGUCAUCGGAUCAUCAAUGCCACCACCUUCACCAACAUCAUCCUCCUCUUCAUCCUGCUCAGCAGCAUCUCUCUGGCAGCUGAAGACCCCAUUGACCCCGUGUCCUUCAGAAAUCAGGUUUUGGCUUACGCUGACAUUGUCUUCACAUCAGUGUUCACAGCUGAAAUUGUGCUCAAGAUGACCACAUACGGCGCCAUUUUGCACAAGGGCUCCUUCUGCCGGAACUCCUUUAACAUCCUGGACCUGUUAGUCGUGGGCGUUUCCCUCCUGUCCAUGGGAAUGGAGUCCAGUGCCAUCUCUGUGGUGAAGAUUCUGAGGGUGCUUAGGGUCCUUAGACCCCUGAGGGCCAUCAAUCGGGCCAAGGGGCUGAAGCAUGUGGUCCAGUGUGUGUUUGUGGCCAUAAAGACCAUUGGCAACAUAGUCCUGGUCACCAUGCUGCUGGACUUCAUGUUUGCCUGCAUAGGUGUGCAGCUUUUCAAGGGUAAAUUCUUCAUGUGCACAGAUCCCUCUAAAAUGACUGAGAAUGAGUGCAAGGGAUUCUACAUCAAAUACCAGGAAAACCAUCUGCAUGAAAUGGUGGUCGAGAAACGGGAGUGGAUCAACAGCGACUUGAACUUUGACAACGUGCUGAACGGCAUGCUUGCACUCUUCACCGUGUCCACGUUUGAGGGUUGGCCACAGUUACUGUACAGAGCCAUCGACUCUCACUCCGAGGACAUGGGCCCCGUCUACAACAACCGCAUCGAGAUCUCCAUCUUCUUCAUCGUCUACAUCAUCCUCAUCGCCUUCUUCAUGAUGAACAUCUUCGUAGGCUUCGUCAUCGUCACCUUCCAGGAGCAGGGCGAACAGGAAUACAAGAACUGUGAGCUGGACAAGAACCAGCGUCAGUGUGUUCAGUACGCCCUCAAAGCUAGACCUCUGCGAUGUUACAUUCCCAAGAACCCAUACCAGUACAAGGUGUGGUACAUUGUGACGUCCUGCUACUUCGAGUACCUCAUGUUCCUGCUCAUUAUGCUGAACACCCUCUGUCUGGGCAUGCAGCACUGCAACCAGUCUGACCACAUCACUCACCUCUCAGACACCCUGAACGUCAUCUUCACAGUUCUCUUCACCGUGGAGAUGAUCCUCAAGCUCAUGGCCUUCAAAGUAAAGGGAUACUUUGGGGACCCGUGGAAUGUGUUUGACUUCCUCAUUGUCAUCGGGAGUGUCGUGGAUGUCAUCCUGAGUGAGAUUGACGCUGCCCUCGCCGCUAGUGGAGGGCUAUACUGUCUACAAGGCUGUUCGGAGGUAAACCCGAUGCAAGCUAUAGCAGACUCAGAGAACGCUCGGGUCUCUAUUACCUUCUUCCGACUGUUCCGUGUCAUGCGUCUGGUGAAACUGUUGAACCGAUCGGAGGGCAUCCGGAAUCUUCUGUGGACCUUCAUCAAGUCUUUCCAGGCGCUGCCCUACGUUGCCCUCCUCAUCGUCAUGCUGUUCUUCAUCUACGCUGUUAUUGGGAUGCAGGUGUUCGGUAAAAUAGCGCUCGUGGACGGUACACAGAUCAACCGGAACAACAACUUCCAGACAUUCCCGCAAGCUGUCCUUCUGCUUUUCAGGUGUGCCACAGGGGAGGCCUGGCAGGAGAUCAUGCUGGCCUGUAUGUACGGGAAGCGGUGCGACCCAAAGUCAGAUUACCUGCCAGGAGAGGAGUACACUUGUGGUUCCAGCUUUGCAAUCCUCUACUUCAUGAGCUUCUACAUGCUGUGUGCCUUUCUGAUCAUCAACUUGUUUGUGGCAGUUAUCAUGGACAACUUUGACUACCUGACCCGUGAUUGGUCGAUCUUGGGUCCCCAUCAUCUCGAUGAGUUUAAGAAAAUAUGGGCCGAGUACGACCCUGAAGCAACGGGGCGAAUCAAACAUUUGGAUGUGGUGACUCUUUUGAGGAGAAUACAACCGCCGCUGGGUUUUGGGAAAUUCUGUCCUCAUCGUGUGGCAUGCAAGCGCUUGGUGUCUAUGAACAUGCCACUAAACAGCGAUGGCACGGUGACCUUCAAUGCUACCCUGUUUGCUCUUGUCCGAACGGCCCUCAAGAUCAAAACUGAAGGUAACUUUGAGCAGGCUAACGAGGAGCUACGAGCUAUCAUAAAGCAGAUCUGGAAACGCACCAGCAUGAAGCUGCUUGACCAGGUCAUUCCCCCGAUUGGAGAUGAUGAGGUGACAGUGGGCAAGUUCUACGCCACCUUCCUCAUCCAGGACCAAUUCCGCAAGUUCAUGAAGCGGCAGGAGGAAUACUACGGGUAUCGCCCCACCAAAAAGAAUGCCACUGAGAUACAGGCGGGACUUCGCAGCAUUGAGGAGGAGGCAGCACCAGAGCUCCAUCGGGCGAUCUCCGGGGACCUGAUGGCGGAAGAGGACAUGGACCAGGCCUUAGAGGAGGGCGCAGAGGACGGCAUCUUCAGGCGUUCCGGUGGCCUGUUUGGGAACCACGUGGACCCCUUUGGCAUGGAACGGAAUAUCCCCCUGUCGAGCCACGUGACCAGCCAGCGGCCCCUGCAGCUCUCGGAGAACCGGCACGGAGACGCCGAGUUUUCCCCCGACUCCGUCUUCCACCCCAACACCGAGUUCUUCCCCAUGACUCCCAAUAAGGCCAACGCCAACAACAAUGCAGGCGCAUGGGUUUCUUGGGAACAAGAGAGGGAUGCAGAGUUUCAACUCACUGAAGAAAGCAACUACCAUUCCAGUAGAGACAAACAACAGUCCAGUUUAGGAGACCCCACGAUUUCCCCCAUGAGUGGCGCCCCCCAGAGGGACAAUGCAGACGUGCUCCUGUCAGAAAUCACAGUAAGGACAGACAGUACUCAGUACCCAUACCACCCCAGCCACAGUGGUAGGGAGUCUAAUAACUCCCAGCAUGCAAUGGGCCCAGUGCCAGCAGCUGACCAGCUCAUACAGGAGGUCCUGAUACAAGGUGGUAUGGAUGUCUUAGCACGGGACCCCAAGUUUGUGACAGUGACAAAGCAGGAGACGGCAGAGGCCCUGUGCAUGGACCUGGAUGGCGUGGAGGAUUUGGCCACGGACAUACUUAACGGUCGCAGAGGCCGUGUGGUCAAACGGCGACCCAGACCCAUCCCCACUCCUCCCAGCCCUGCCCAACCGCAGGACUUAAACCAGGCCAGCAGCAGCUUGUAGGCUGUGUCGUGAGAAGCACUUUUGUGACUGCACUGUGACAUCACAGCUUAUGAGGCUUUGUGAGUCACAUGGCGGGAAUGUAGAGCCUGAUUGGGUGGCCUUUGAAAAGAUUUGAGAUUGACAGAGCUGAGCAGGCUAAUAGGCAGUGUCUAGCCCCAUUACACAGGAUUUUAAGGUGACUGGAGUUUUUGUUUCUCUUACACAGAAAUAAGACAAAAAUUGGUCCUUUUAGAGACGAAAGGGGUAAUGCUCUACUGCCUACACAGCUCAUGCUUUCUCUAAGGAAUUGAGGGAUAACUGAAGAAAGAAAACAGUUUUAUGAUCUUUCGUUUUACGCAUUAUGAAAGAAAUACCAUUUGAAGGCUUUUAUACAUUCUGAACCAUUUUUUAAAUUUAAUCAGCAUGUGUAAGUCGCCCAGCCCAAAAUAUGGGGGCACUAUUAGGGCUACCUCUGAGUAAAGAAAGUGCAAGUGAGUCUGUUGUGCUCAUAGCAAAUGAGAACACUGUACAAUGCUGAAAUGGUCAGCCUACAGCCAGAAUAAAAUGGAGGAGUUUACAGAUAUACCCCAUUCAGCACUGCCCCCAAAGAUAUUAUCUAAUUCCAACACUGUUUCCUCAUGGGAUAAUCAAUAAUAAAAUUAAUUAAAAAUGGAUGAAACACCAAAAUGCAUGGAAAAAUUAAAAACAUGCACAUUCAAAAUCUCAACAAGUGACAGACAGAAAACAAAUCAUAAUAUACAAAGUAGAGUCCGCACACUACUGUAUACUGCUCCAAAUAUAAAAGUGAUGUUUCCAACUAUAUGCCCUUGAUCAAAUAAAUGCUUUUAUCUUGGGAGCAGUAGGCCUAUACAGUAUGUGGACUCUAUCUAUUAUAGAUAAAUUACUAUACACAUUUUAAGCCAGGCUGGCAGCACCUGGCUCUAUUUACAGGAGUUGGUGCUUGGCUUUGAUUAGCAGUAGCCAUUGAGAACAAACAAAGCAGUCUGGGGAAUCUGCCGUUCCCUUUUUCCUCUAACAGUGGUGAUGGGCUUCAAGGCAGUAAGAAAGUGAACAGGAACUAGUGUGAGUUCUGGACAAAUUAAAGUGCUUUAUUGCGGAUUGCGUAUCUGCUUAUUGGUUCAGUUUCUUAUUUAAUUUUUUAUUAGACUUUUCUGAGAGUCAAAAGUUCUAUGGUCUUGUUAAACUAAUUUUUAAAUGUUUUCUUGUUUUAUAAUUUAUUAUCUAUCAACUUUACAUUAUUUUGUUGUUCUUAUAAAUAAAUACUAUGUUUACCUUCACUGUAGGCCAAAUGUAUAAUGCAUAGGUGAGAAGUAAUGCAAGUUAUUGCAAGUAAUGCAAGCCAUUUUUUAACUUAAGAGAUAUCAACAGGAUUGUGACACAUCAUUUUGUUAAUUUGCUGGGUUGAUUGCAUGUCAAAACAUCUUGACCUCGUUGUGAAGAUUAUUUCAUCUAAUUUACAAAGAAGCAUUUAUCCUCUUCCUGUGAAGAACUUGGCACUGUCUAUUUGGUUCUCACAUUUAUUUAUUUAUUCUUUUCAAAAAAGCUUAAAAUCAGGCCUGUAGGUGUUUUCAUGCAAAGGAGAAAAGCCAUUUACGGUGUUAAUGAAUUUGAAUGUGUCUCCCAUUUCAACAUAAUUAGCAAUAUUCACAUUCUUCAACUGCAUUUACAGACGUUUCUAUGUACAACCCAUGUUAAGAGACCUGUUUUGUGUUGUACUCAGAGGGGGGAUUUCUGAUAUCAAAAUGUGCUAGAAGCAACAUUAAUAAAGAGGAUAGGUUUUUGCCAGAGUAAAGAACAUAUUUUCAUGCUAAAGCCCAGAAUUAUUCUGUCACAUGCUUAUUUGUUUGGAUCUCUACGUAUUCUACUGGAUUACAUUUUAUUACACAGGCUGACCUGUAUCUACUGAUAUUUUCAUAUUGAUUUCUGUGCAUUUUAAGUUUGACAGCCGCAUUUUCCCCCAGUACUUACAGUGCAUUCUUCUGCUUCGAUACGAGUGUAAGGAAACUGCCUCAUGGGAAUGUUUCUGAAGACUCAUGCCUGAGUCAGAAUACAGAAUAACUGCCCUUUCAGAUUACAGUUAUAUUCAUUGUCUCUGUUUUGCUUAUUCAGAUGAAACUAUGUACAGGGCAGUUUUCCUGUACCAUUCCUGGACUAAAUCCAGAGGAUUUGGCAAUUGAUAUGAAGACAAUUUGUGGUUUUACAGUGGUUGGUCUCUUCUAGCAAACAAAUUAUUAUUAUUAUUAUUAUUAUUAAUAGUAGUAGUAGUAGUCGUACUGAUGCUCUUAAUAUUUUAUUAAGUUCUAUUUAUUUAGUCAAUAAAUUCAAGAAAUGCUGGGAUACAAAUUUCUAUUGUACAUUUCAUUGUUAUUCACAGUAUACCAUAAAUCUAAGACUCAGAAAUGUAUUAAUUGAAGAGAAUCUGAAGGCACAAAGAAGUGCUAUGUGAAAUUUGUGAUGUCCGAAAUUACAAGAGUAUUCAGUCAAAAGGAUUUGAAAGGAGAUCCUGUGAUGUUUACCCGACUUAUCCACAAAUUUAUGAUUAAUUUUCCCCUUGCUGCUUACAUUGUCUUUUGUCUCCAUAAUGUAUGGUGCACAUCUGUGCACAUAGAAAUACGUGGUUUUCAAAAAUGGAUGAUAAAAACUUUUAAGUACAAAUCAAAGCAACCAUUGUCUGU